GUCGAUGUGUUGGAACUGCUACACUUGUGCAGUAUUCUUACUUGCCGUGCGCAGUGCGCGAUUACAGAUCAUCUCUACGUCCUUUUGUCACACCAUCGCCUUUGUAUUCGAGUGGGGCUGCUUUCGUCGUAACUCGCCCAUCCAUCCUCGCUGCAUCGAUCGACCAGCAUCGGAGGAAGGUACGAGCCCAUCCUGCCUCACAUUUUCGCCUCGCAGGCUCCCCAAGAUGACGGUCCCAGGGCCACCAGUCACCCUGGAGAUCGAUGCCGGCUCGUCCAAUGCGCCUUCUGGUAACUCACUCCUCCGCGACGCUGAAUGGACUUUCCGGAUCUGGCAUCCCAAGAUCUUCAACCGGAGUGUGGGCAGCGCCUACGCUUCGCACUCCCUUCACCCCGCCUCCAGCUUCGGAUCCUCCUCCACACUAGCGCUGUCCACUGACUCAAAAAGCAGCGCGGGCGCCAGCACAGCCAGGGUGCCACUGGUCCUGUCCGGCUCACCGGCCGCUCGACAUGCUGAUCGGACGCACGGACAGCAGGAUCAAGAUACACCAUCGAGCAGAGAGAGGGAGAGCUUGGAAAUUCUCGAGUCCCAGGCGCCGAGCCGAGCCCAAACCUACGCGCUCGAUCAUGGAACCGGAAGCGCUGGCGAUGGCGACAGCAGCUCACCUUCUUACUCUUCUGCACACGGACAAGGGGGCCAACGCAGUGGUCAGGACAGCAGCGGUGCUGGAGAACGCAUGCGCCGAGUAUCCACCAAGGCGCGAGCCAGCACUGUCUCGGUUGCUUCACCGUCCUUGCACCGCCAACAGUAUUCACAGUCACAGUUUGCUUCCACCGUCACCCUUGGUCGAAAGGCUAGUGUGACUUCUCACUCUUCUCAGUCACAGGCGUUUACCAAUAGAGACGCCCAAUCUCGCAAUCCGGACCAGUCGGCGCUGUUGGCCUUCUUGCCUUCGGCGGGCAUUAGUGGAGCGCAGUGGCAUGACUCGCUCGUGAAGAACACAAAUAGAAGCGGAAAUGGAGAUGAGCUUUACGCGACAUGCUCCACUUCAUCGCAAUACCGCACGGCCAACGCAGGCGCCACCACGAUAGCGCGUCAUGAAGACCUCAUGUGGGAGUGGAGUGUCGAUCUCGUUCACCCGGAACAGCAGCUGGUGCAGCCGCAGGCAUCUCCUUCCUUAUCGGGAUCCAUCUACCCUGCAGCGACGCCCAAUGGACGGCGGCCCUGCCCAACAACAAACAGCACCACCAAUGCACCUCCAUCUGCUCGCAUGGUCGUCGGCUCCGCAGGCAGCGUCACCCACACGGUCCGCAAGCGAGCUUCUGUGCCGGGGAGCUCGCUGGGUGGGGCUCGCCCGCAGACUUCAUCCACGAGCGCCCGAUUCAGGUCGAAGUCGAAGGCGCGAGCCGAUUCGGACUCGCAGGGAGGCACGACGCUAUCGACGUUCAAGCACCUGUACGAAGUCGUCGAGCGCGAUCCAUUCGACGGGAGCGAGGGUCGCUGCAUGCUAGUGCGUCAUUCGAAAGGUCUGCUGAGCAGUUUGGGCCUCUCCAGCGUUGGCGGCGGCAAGAACAAAUUCAGUUUCGUGCCCAGGCCAGUGGUAAGAGUGGCAACUGGAAUCGAUGGUGCCGCUGGUAGCGCCAGUGAAGAGUGGGUUUGGAAGGGGACGUUGCACGAGUCGUACAUCCUACGAAGGUACCACACGGAUGGGCGCAAGACUACCAUGGCGACAUUGAUGAUGUCAACCAACGCGAAAUUUCGACUGGAAAUCGUCGACUCGUGUCCCGAUCCAAUGCUCGUCGUAGCGACGACUUAUCCGAUCUUGCGGAUGCGCCGAGAGGUGUAUGCGCGCAAGUUCACCACUCCCGAGGAGCUGGAAAGGCUCGCUGCCCAGACCAAGAUCGACCCUUUCGAGGAAGUGUUCUACUCGAAGAAGAAAGGGCAGGGCCGGGCCAAACUCCCGCAGGAUCAAAUGCAAGAGCAUGAACAAGGGCCUGAGCGAGAGUCCACCGGCGGCGUUCAAGCAGAAAACAGCCCCAUUCAGCCCUACAACAUGCUUGGAGCUAACCUCGAUGAUGGGCGUCUACCUUCGGGACUUACCAUCACAUCCGCGAUGCCAACAGGCACACACGAGCCGUUCUCACCAGCAUUCGCAGCCUCAGCGGUGCCACCCUCGCCCUCGAUGUCUUCUUCGCGGCAAAGACAGCCGAGCGAGUCCAGCAUGAGCCAGAGUAGCAAUCUGCACCUGAAAUUAAAGUCGACCCUGCCGCCAUUCCAGCCAUCAUGGACGUCCGAGCUGUCAUUUAGCCCACGCCUCGGCCCGCGUCCGCGCUCGCGAUCAUCGACUGCUCCUGCAACGCCGGACAUGAGUCCCAACCUAGACGCGCCGCCUACGCCAUCGCUGGCGCAGCAGGCUGCUAUUGCGGUUGCGUUUUCCACGACUGAUGAAGGAGAUCAAGAGGCGAGCGGGACAGACAGCAGUAACGCCAGGUCGAAGAAGGGCCAGCAGAAUAACAGCAUUCAAGUUGACUCUCACGUGCCCAGGCCGCCAAAUCUGCCGCCUGCGCUGACUGACAUUGAAGAGAAGCAGUUCGAGGAGAGGGUCAUGGUGGCUAGCAGCUAACCAUUUCGGCACAACUUGACUUGAUUGCUCCUACACCAUCCAUUGCAGUUGUCUAGCUUAUAUUCGACAUGACUCUGUAUUUUAGAUAGUGGACGCCAGCGGAGGCGCAACAAUGUAUCAUGCUUUA